CGCCUUUCCCUUGUGCUCUGUCCGCUGGGGCUCCGAGUCGCUUCCAAGAUGGAAGAGAAUCUAGAUGCUUCUGUAGAUUCUCUAUUGAAUGUGGAGAAGCAAAUGAGGCUUGCUGGUGAUGUGGCUGGAACAAAGAAAGCUGUUAUUGACAUUGUGGAGCUUUGCUACAAAGCACGUGCAUGGAAGACUCUGAAUGAUCAGAUUGUUCUUCUCUCGAAGAGAAGAGGACAGCUUAAGCAGGCUGUGACUGCUGUGGUGCAAAAAGCAAUGCAGUACAUUGAUGAUACACCUGAUAUUGAAACUCGCAUUGAGUUAAUCAAGACCCUGAACAAUGUUUCUGCUGGGAAGAUUUAUGUCGAGAUAGAGCGGGCACGUUUAAUUAAAAAACUUGCAGAGAUUAAAGAAGAACAAGGCCUUAUAUCUGAGGCUGCUGAUUUGAUGCAAGAAAUUGCUGUGGAGACUUUUGGAGCCAUGGCAAAGACUGAAAAAAUCGCUUUCAUUCUUGAUCAAGUGCGCUUGUGCUUAGACCGUCAGGAUUAUGUACGGGCACAAAUUUUGUCAAGAAAAAUUAGUCCUCGGGUAUUCGAUGCAGAUGCUUCAAAGGGUAAAAAGAAGCCAAAGGAAGGUGAUAAUGUUGUUGAAGAGGCUCCUGCAGAUAUACCUUCACUCUUGGAGUUGAAGCGCAUUUAUUAUGAACUAAUGAUUCGCUAUCAUUCUCAUAACAAUGAUUACCUGGAAAUAUGUCGUAGUUACAAGGCAAUAUACGGCAUUCCUUCUGUAAAAGAGGACUCAGCACAGUGGAUUCCUGUGCUAAGAAAAAUUUGCUGGUACUUGGUGUUGUCUCCACACGACCCUAUGCAAUCAAGUCUUCUUAACUCUACUUUAGAAGAUAAAAAUCUUUCUGAGCUUCCUAGUUUUCAUUUAUUGUUGAAGCAGCUUGUAACCAUGGAGGUGAUUCAUUGGGCAAGUCUUUGGGAGAUGUAUAAGGUCGAGUUUGAAAAUGAGAAAAAUCUUCUUGGAGGGUCUUUGGGUACCGAGGCUGAGGAAGAUCUGAAACUUAGAAUCAUUGAACAUAAUAUAUUGGUAGUAUCAAAGUAUUAUUCAAGGAUAACCUUAAAGAGGCUUGCCGAUCUUCUAUGCCUCAGUUUACAGGAGGCAGAAAAGCAUCUUUCAGAUAUGAUAGUCUCAAAAGCCCUGGUAGCAAAGAUCGACAGGCCUAUUGGAAUUGUCAGUUUUCAGACAGCCAAGGGUAGCAAUGACAUGCUCAACUCGUGGUCAAUGAAUCUAGAGAAGCUUCUCGACCUUGUCGAGAAGAGCUGCCACCAGAUACACAAGGAGACCAUGGUUCACAAAGCUGUUCUGAGAGCCUGAGUUUAUUUCACCGUAAACCAAGGGAAACGUGUCAUUCUUUUGGCAGAUUUAAAAUGAUCAUGACCCUGUUUCAGAAUUCCAAAAGCUUCCCAGCUCUAUCAUUUCCUGCUUAGGUUGCUGCAAGUGACAACCAACGGCAUAUUUCUUCACGGUACACCGAUGGAAGUCAAAUGGUACCACCCUCGUUUGAUUCAAAUGUCUUUUGUUUUUGAUAGUUUCGCAGUUUUAAUUUAGACAUGCUUUGUUGGCUGUGCUUACUGUUACUGUAAACGAGGUUGGAUUGCAUCAUCAAAUUCAAUUAUUUGCACAAACAAGUUGCAUUUGGUUACUUGUUAA